AUGGCGUGCAACAAUGUGCAUCUUCUGUGUUUAGUUGCAUUACAUUUAACGUUGGUGUCGAAAGUUGGGACCUUCACCAUCGAAGAGGUGCAGGGAGCCGUGCGUGGUACGGUUUUAGACCUCAGAGGCGGGGCCUUUCGGUAUAGGCUGAGAGGUUCUAUUCCCCCUGCUUUGGGGAGUCUCUCCAACCUCACGUAUCUAGACCUAUCCAACAAUGUGCUCGACGGUAUGGUUCCUCCCGAGCUUGGUCAGUUGUCCAAGCUGAGGUACUUGAAUCUGUCGUCCAAUUAUUUUUCUGGGGUGAUCCCACGGGAGCUCGGGGGGCUGAGCAGCCUCGCUUAUCUGGACCUUUCCAACAACAAGCGCACCUCGAUUAUCGGCCUGUUUAAUGGUUUCAGUGGAGGGAUCCCUGGAGACUUGUUCAAGCUGACGGGCCUCGUGCAGCUUUACCUGUCAAACAAUGACCUCACCGGCGGCAUUCCAUCAGAGUUCUGAAAUCCUUUGGGGUCGACAUUCCCCUACCAGUGUGGACACAGCAGCUUGCCCAAGUUGCCUACUUAAGAGUUGGAGAGAGUGACGGAUUGGGCGCCACGAGGAAGACCCUGGACUUGGCAUCAGCUCCUAGGAGGUGCCAGUAUGUGGACUGGACGGGGGGACGGCCAAUACGUGAUAUUGUAUUUUGGGAUGCGUGCACGUCGGGCACUGGCUGCGUGGUGAACCUGAUUGGGUCCGGUACAACAACUUUGACGAGUGAGACGCGCCGCUUUGUUUGCCUUAAUAAGGUCUCUGUCUUCCUCGAAGGGGAUGCGCCUGUUCUUGCUUCAAAGUCCGAUAUUCUCGGCAACUAUGCA